CGGGUUAAGAAUGAGUUGGUGAGUUCUUCGCGUUGGAUCAAGUCAAGGAAGCAACAUGGAGGUCACUAAGGUCCUGCUAGCAGCUCUCCUCUGCAUUUCCCAAGUCGCGGCGACGUGUCCCGAGAGCGAGCAGAUCCACUGCAGAACGAGCGAUAGCUGCACGAGGAUCCGCUACAUCUGCGACGGAGACAACGACUGCGGCGACAAUUCCGACGAGGAGAGCGGCAUCUGCGGGGUUUGGCGCAAUGAGCACUGCGAGCGAGGCUCCGUCAGGUGUCGCAGGAUGGGAGACACCAACUGCGUCACCAUCAGCCGCUACUGCGAGGUCUCCGACCCUCCGUGUGAGGGGGACCUGGACAUGCGUCUGUGCCAGAUGUUGAGGGAAGAAAAACUUCAGCCUCUUGAAGAGAUCGUCCUGCCGUCAGAACAAGCUGUUGUGAGGCAAUCAAGCGUGGAAGAGGUCGAGGCUUUUGGAGAGGAAUUCCUUGAAAAGGUCAACGCUACCAUCAGCCACCCCGACUGCCCUCAGUUCUACACCCGCGUCGGCGACCGGUGCCUGUCCAUCUUCUUCUUUGGAAAGGUCAACUGGGGAGAAGCUCGCUCCUUCUGCAAGACGAUUGGCGGCGACCUUCUGACCCUCCACGACGGCGCCGAGAAGUUCUACGAACUCGUCCACCUCCUUCGCGAGCACCAUAUCACCACAGACUUCUGGGUGGGAGGAAAUUUGAAGAAUGAGACGGAAGGCUGGAAAUGGGUCGAUGGCGUCUCCAUGGAAAUGGGCACCCCUUUCUGGAGCAUCAGGUCAACCAGCGAUUGCAGGCCUCGCACUUACUCAGUCCAUCUCAACACUACACGCGUGGCCAACGAGGGGACCUGCUACAACUACGAGCAGGCGCCCCACACUCCCGCCGAAGGCCACUGCGCCGCCCUCAACUACGAGAACUUCUUCUACAUGAGCGACGAGAUGUGCCUGGAGCUGAAGAGUCCUCUGAUUAUCGAGCUCCGCAAAAUCAUUGUACAUUAUCAAAACUAUAUUCGAACUUCUAAGUCCUUGACUGGUAUCUCCGAAAUCCCCGACCGAGAACGAUACUUUAGCUGCUGCACAGAGCGACUGAGCACCUGGUUACUUUCAUCUUCCUGUGAGAAAAAAAAGUUGGGCACGGGUCGCAACUCACACAUUAAGGCCCUCUGCUACUUGACGGCAUCGCCUUCGUCACCCCAAAGUUGCUUGGCAGUGGCGGCGGCCAUGUCCAUAUCAACCUGCUUCCUCCGCAGACAGUUAACACAACUGUCAGUAGAAACACAGCUGUAA